UCGGCUAUUCAUGCACAGCUGCGCGCGCGGGACACGCAGAUAAAGGCGCGCGCCCGUCUGCAUCAUUGAUUAUCGCAUGCAGCGUUUCAUCAUCUUUCAAUGGGCUGCGGAGGGAGUCGAGCAGAUGCUAUUGAGCCGCGAUAUCAGGAGAGCUGGACCAGAGAGACCGAGUCGACAUGGCUCACCAACACUGAGGCUGAAAUCCCAAACGACAUGAUGAUGUACAAGAACCGCGCUGUCCGUGGAGAAUGUGGCCAUCUUAUUAAAGACAAUGCAAAACUGUCAGGUAGAGGAUUGGAGGUCAGAGGCAGACGGAUGGUUAAUGCAGGAACUCAGUGUGUGAAGCAGAUUUCCAGCACCAGCACGAACCAUCAAAGAGCAUCCUGCAGUCAUGAGAUCAGUGACUCAAAGAGCACAACACAGAAGGAGGGAACAGCUCUUUUAGAGGGGGUUUCAUCUAACACUGCAUCUCACUCAAGGAAACCGUGGAGGAAAGAAUCUGCUGCGGAGGAUACACUCUGAAACCCAGAGGAGAAUUACGGGCUUAAUAAGACAUCACAGGCUGCAGAGAGAAAUUAGAACAUGUCAUCUUAAUAAUAUAUGCUUAGACUAUAGCUGCAUCUGAUCAUUAGCAUGGCAAAACUAGAUUAUAGGCUGUAGUGACACCUAGAAAUCCUCAUACCAGUUAAUUAAUAAUAGCUUUUAGAAUUACACUGCAAUUUGAAUACUGAUAGCAUUGAUUUUUUAAAAGACGGGCUCCUAUAGAUUUGCCAUCAAAAAUGUAUCUGGUUGUUAAUAUUA